UUUGGAGCCCAGAUACUUUUAGAGUGCUGCUCCCGAACUGUCUGAUUUACAAGUGGAGCUAAAUACAGCAGUGGUUUUACUAACUUACAAUGAAAUUUCCAUGUCCCACUCUAUCAUACUGUUACUUUUCCCUUGGUCUCAUAGUGGGAUUCUUCUUUACGUUAUACAUGUCCAGCAAUGUCUCAGUGGUUUCUAAAUGGCAUAAACUUCCAAGACCCUGGAAAUGGAUUAAUGUAAAUUUCAUUCAAGUCAAAUCAAAUAACAAUAUACAUGAGGAUCUUUCUAGAAAGGUCAGAGUCCUUUGCUGGAUAAUGACUUCACCAGAUAACUUGCAAAAAAAAGCCAUUCAUCUUAAGCACUCUUGGACCCGUCACUGUAACAUAACGUUAUUUAUGAGUUCCACAGCCAAUGAAAGUUUUCCAGCUAUUGGACUGGGAACAAAGGAAGGGAGAGGAGAGCUGUACUGGAAGACAAUACGGGCUUUCCAGUACAUACACCAGAACUAUCUGGAUCAAGCAGAUUGGUUCUUGAAGGCUGAUGAUGAUACCUAUGUAGUGAUGGAAAACUUGCAGUAUCUGCUUUCCAAUUACUCCCCUGAACAACCUGUCUAUCUUGGCAAACGCUUUAAACCUUUUGUUAACCAGGGUUACAUGAGCGGUGGAGCUGGGUAUGUCCUAAGUAAGGAAUCCCUGAAGCGUUUUGUGGAAGCUUUCCGUACCAGUGUCUGCACCCACACAUCCUCUGUGGAAGAUCUCGCACUGGGUCAGUGCAUGGAAAAACUAGGAAUUAUACCUGGGGACUCUAGGGACUUGGAAAAACGUGAGACUUUUCAUCCCUUUACACCAGAGACCCAUAUAAUUUCCCGUUACACUAAAUCCUCAAUUUACUGGAAUUACUGCUAUUAUCCUCUCAUACAGGGCCCACAGUGCUGCUCAGAUCUUGCAAUAUCAUUUCACUAUGUUCCUCCGGAACUGAUGUAUACAUUGGAAUAUUUUGUGUACCACCUGAGGGCGUAUGGAUACCAGUAUCGUUACCAGCCUCCACUUCAGGACUCUGCUGCAAACGUCUCUGCUUAUGUCAACUGAUCUCCAUGGAAAAAGACCCUCUGAAUCUAAAAACUUUGCCCAGCUCUGAUACCUGGAUUUAUAAACAAAGUGCCAAAAUAUUUUUUGCUAUUACUGUUAAUGAUAUUAUACUGAUAUUAAUAACAUAUGCAUUGUGCUAACUUACAAAUGUGAUCCAAGGUAUUGGAGUUAAGGUGUCCACAUACUGGAAUAUAUUAUUGUAUGCCAAGAUUUUCCAAGAUGUAGCACAAAUUGCGGUAAGAAAACUGUGUAAAUGCGGUGCACACAUGCGGCUGUGGUGCAGAUCUUUAUGGGGUUGCCUGGGGAGCAGUUCUGUGCCGGCAGAGGCCCGGGCCCACCAUCUUUUUUCCCGGUGUUCCGUUGGCCCAGUAUUCUGACCCAGGGGCCUUUUAAAAACAUUGCACAAAGACCACAUUCAUGGCCGAUUCUGGUCAGAUUUUCCAACCUUCUAGACUAGAUAUUGAUCUAUGAGGCUAUUAUUUGGGUACCUUUCAUGAAGCAAUAGGAUGCUGAAUGCACAGUGGGUAAAUCAACAGCCAUGGAGGAUUGUGUUUAGAACUGACAAAAAAACACUUACAUUUACAUAUUUAGCAUGGAUUUCUAUACACAUAGAAGGAAAAGGUAAGAAGCCUAAAGAGAUUCAGACUAGCAAGUGAUUGAAUGAAUUCAAGGUGGUGAUAGAUAUACUUAUCCUGGUAGAGAGUUAUGGAAAAUACCAUAUAGCCAUAUAUUAUCAAUUUUUCACAGAAAAUUGAGUGAUGUUCUUAGUUAUUUCAAAGCACACCCCCAAUGUAAAAGUUCUAUUUAUGUAUAGAAAUACCCUUUCACUAAAAAAUGUUUUUGAUCUAACUACCUUUAUUCCUUUCCAAAACUUGGGAAGUUUUGUUCUAUUAUUGUGUUCUUCUUCAUUAAUUCGGUAAAUUAAUUUGGUAAAGGUAAUCCAACUUUUUUAAUGGAUAUUACAGACCCAGCGAAUGGUAAACCUAGGACUUUGUCUAAAUUAAAAUGUUACAUCUUAUGGAGAAAGAGAGAACAACAUAUUUUCAGGCUAGUCAAUGUUUAAGGUUGUAAUACAAAACUGUGGUGUUUAUACAAAUGGCCUGUAGAUGUCACUGUGUACAAGAGUUAUACUGUGUAUACAUAGUACU